AUGGUCGACGUUUCUGCAGCCGUGCUGGAUAAGGACAAGGUGGGGGAGCACGAGUCGGAGGGGCAGGUCGGUGGCUCUCCUCCUUCUGGUGGACGGGGGAGGCGUAGGCAGAGGAGGAGCGAUGGGGAGGACGAUGAUGACACCGCCGUGCCCGGGGACCUCACCACGCGAGCGAAGAGGCGGCAGACGACAGAUGAGAAUGAUGGCGGGGAGGAUGAAGAGGAGGAUGAGGAGGAGGAGGAGGAGGAGGAGGAGGAGGAGGAGGAGGAGGAGGAGGAGGAGGAGGAGGAGGGACAGGGUGACGACGAGGAGGAGGAUGAGGAGGAGGAGGAGGCAGCAGAGGAGGAGGAGGAGGAGGAGGAGGAGGAGGAGGAGGAGGAGGAGGAGGUGGAGGAGGAGGAGGAGGAUGUGGCGCCAGUGAAGGGAUGGGGCGGGUGUGGCAGACGGGUGAGUGGUACAGGGAAGGUGGGGGGCCGAACUCGCCCUUCCCGAAAACGCGGGGCAGUUGACGCCGCGCGCGGCGAAGCAGCGGGCAAACAGAAGGCGCGUAAGGUGAAGGUCGAAAGUGAAGGGGGUGGUAAAAAGCAAGGGAGCCAGGGAGCAAAAGGGGAUGGAGGAGGAAAGGGUGGCCGCGGCUAA